GCUUCCGCCAACAUGGCUGCGCCCGCAGCACCCUGCGCCCGCCUGUCCCGCUGCUUCCUCCUCCUCCUUCUCCUCCCGCUGAUGGGGCUGGCGGCGGCGGCCGCGGGAGAGGCGGCUCCCGGCGGGGACUGCGGCUGCAGCCCCAGCCGGAGCGGCGGGGACGGGCGGGAGGCGGCGGCGCGGCGGUACUCGGCAGCAGCAGCGGGCGGCGGGCGGAGCGCCGGGCACAGGCCGAUGGUGGCUAUUCCAGGAGGAGUGUUCACAAUGGGCACUGAUGAGCCUGAAAUACAGCAGGACGGGGAAUGGCCAGCUAGAAGAGUCCACGUCGACAGUUUCUACAUGGAUCAGUACGAGGUCAGCAACGAGGACUUCGAGAGAUUUGUGAAUUCUACUGGGUACAUCACUGAGGCAGAGAAAUUUGGGGACUCCUUUGUGUUUGAGGGAAUGCUGAGUGAAGAAGUGAAGGCUGACAUCCACCAGGCAGUCGCAGCUGCUCCCUGGUGGUUGCCUGUGAAAGGAGCCAACUGGAAGCACCCUGAGGGUCCUGACUCUAAUAUCUCCAAAAGAAUGGAUCACCCUGUUCUUCACGUUUCCUGGAAUGAUGCUGUGGCCUUUUGCAGCUGGGCAGGGAAACGAUUGCCCACCGAGGCUGAGUGGGAGUACAGCUGCCGGGGGGGCCUGGAGAACAGACUUUUCCCGUGGGGCAACAAGCUUCAGCCCAAAGGUCAGCAUUAUGCCAACAUCUGGCAGGGAGUGUUCCCAACAAACAACACCGGGGAAGACGGGUACAAGGGAACGGCGCCUGUCACUGCGUUUCCUCCCAAUGGCUACGGGUUGUACAACAUUGUAGGCAACGCCUGGGAGUGGACCUCUGACUGGUGGGGGGUGCAUCACUUGCCAGAGGAAGUUCACAACCCUAAAGGGCCCCCGUCGGGGACGGACAGAGUGAAGAAGGGCGGAUCCUAUAUGUGCCAUAAGUCUCACUGCUACAGGUACCGCUGUGCAGCCCGCAGCCAGAACACCCCCGACAGCUCGGCCUCCAACCUGGGCUUCCGCUGCGCCGCCGACACGCUGCCGGGACACUGAGCCUCACCCCGAGCCACAGACCUGGGGGGGUCACACUGCCCACACAGAAGAGGAAAAUCUCCUCCUUGGAGUUCCCAUUCAGGGAAGAACAUCCAACGCUGGUCAAUGUUGCUUGAAGAACCUUCCUGUAUUUUUCCUUGGGGAACAUGGACUUUCCUCCUGACCAAACUUCUCAUCGGUGAACUCUGCCCAUCGUGUUUUAAAAGGUUGAUUAAUAGCUCCUUUAGAAAAGAUCUUUUAUUAAGUAGUUUUAUUGACCUGGAGUUUGAAUUUCGACACUGAGCUCCAAUAAACAAGGACUUUUUAAACUUCUAGACAGCUUUAAAAGAAAACUGAAGCAGUUAAUAAAUUCUAGACAGCUUUAAGAGGAGAGGGGAGGGGUUGAGAAGAGGGGAGGACGGGCCCCCAGAGAGCUCUGGGCAGGGGCAGGGAGUGCAGCCCGACUCUUACAUUCCUGCUGCCCUGAAAAUUGGGUCCAGAAAUGUGCUUUUUCCAGUGAAAUACUUGCUCCUCUUUAGAAAGUGCCUUCUGCCAAGGGGUGAUAAUCCUCAGGGUCGUGAUGGUCAGAAAGGAUGUACAUAUUUGAAUAAAAUUUCAAGCAUUUGUUUAUGCUGCUGAAGACAUUCCUUGAUGGAAAAACACUGGCCCUCUCCUUUGAAUUUUUCUUGGAGGCGAUGCAGGCUUGUUCUGGGGACUGGCACGUUGCAAGCAUGGGGGCAGUCGGAGCUGGAGCUAAAUAACUCGUGAUUUCACCCCAAUAAAAGAUCACUGCAAUGAAAAGAUGGCAGGUGUAACUGGGAGCAUUAGGGCCUAAUAAAGUAAACUUUGAAACUGUUCUGUUUAAUGUGGUAGUUAGGGUAUGGUGACUACAGGCAACAGUUUAAAACAAAACAAACAAAAAACCCAAACCCCAAAAACCUCGACACACGAAACCAGCACUUUCCCAGCAGGAGAACAGUGGUGGAUUAACAAAACCUGCAGCCAGGCCAGCGUUACCUUUUCUGGAGUGACUCGGGUUCUGGUUUAACACAACCUGGGUUUAAUCCAAAUCCAGCUCCUGCUCCACCCCAUCUUUGGUGCUGAGAGGGAGAUACUGGAGAACAUCUGGGGCACCUCCUGCACCACCAGCCUCCAGCAGGGCACGGAGGUCAUUCUGGGAAGCAGAAAGCAAUGCUUCCAGGAGACACCACUAUGACACGGCACUCACACGAGUGUGAUAAAAGCUGUGGGAAAUGCUUUGCAUAUUAGACUGCCAUACCAGCAUUAAACAUUUAAUUAAAAUCUAUGCAUUAAAAACAUCUUUUUCACUGGAAAUAAUAGGGAAAGAGUCUAUUUUUGUCUAAGGGAACGUCUCUGCCACAAGAAGGAAUACACUUUAUGAAAUAUUUUGCUUAGUGUUGGUCUUAUUUUUUUAUUCCACAUAUUGGAAAAUUCUGAUGUCUUUAUUUAAAUAAACAGCUUCCAUCA